AUGGGAAGCCUUUUCAGCCAAAGGAAGCACGAGGCCAUGACUGAUGCCCAGCGCGAGGAAGCCUUGCAAACACAGGCGGUCCAUGUGCUGGCAACCACAGUCAGCGGGCAAAGUUUCGAGGCGACCGUCCUGCCCAGCGACACCGUUCGAUACCUGAAGUCCUGCCUGGCCAAGUCCUCGGGCAUCGCAGUGUAUCGGCAGCGGCUUUUGCUGGAAGUGCGGGUCCUCAAGGACAAUGAACUCCUCCAGUCUUUAGAGGCGAAAGCCGAAGUUCUGGAACUGACCAUGGUGAUUGGUCCGGAAAUCCCCAAGUGGGCCCAAGAGCUCGGCUUUGAUGGUGACCAUCCUGCCUUGCUGCGAGGCUACUUCCAGCAGCAUGCUUCGGCUGAUCAGCUUGAGGCUUGGCUGGAGGAUGACGCUCAGUGCUGGGGGAAGCUGGAAAACAGCCUCGAGGCGAAUCGGAGACGGAUGAUGGAAUUGAGCGGCUGGAACCACGAGGUGAAGCUGUUUGUGGAUGAUGUUCCCAUGCACUCCAUCCACGUAUCCCCUGGCGAGGAAGUGCAUCUGCGUGCGGCAGUGCGCAUUCAAAACAACAGCGCGGACGGUUGCAUACAGCAGCUAAUUCUCGCCCUUGACACCUCCAUUGUCGGCGAGCUUUACAACGGCGUUCCAGGCCGGGGACGCGAAGCCAGCGUCAACUGCCGCUUCGCAGCGCCAGCGGCGCCCGGAGCGUACAUGCUCUGGAGGAAAAACGACUUGCAGUACAACAUGGUCGCAGCACGUCGCAACUUUGAGAACGAAGCAAGGGCACCGAUGCCCAAGAAGUACCCUGACAGCUUCGUGGGUUGGCUGAUCGUGGAGUGA